AUGAAGCCUCCUCCUCCGAAACUGGCCUUUGUUUUGGUGUUGUUGUUGACCAGUUGUCUUGGCUUGACGGCCAGCACCAACGAUGAUCUGGCUUCCGACAGAGAGGCUCUGUUGAGCUUCAGAGCUGCCGUGGGAGGUCGCUCAACGCUGUGGAAUGUGACGGAGACCAACCCCUGUUCUUGGUCUGGUGUGACGUGCGUGUCGGACCGAGUCACCGAGUUACGCGCUCCCGGUUGGGGACUCAAUGGCCCUCUGCCUCUGGGUCUCGGCAACCUCACCCAACUCCGAGCCCUGUCUCUCCGCAGAAACGCGCUUUACGGCCAAAUCCCUAAUGACCUUGCCAACCUCCUCAAACUUGACAGCCUCUACUUGCAAGGUAACAGAUUCUCGGGCCCUAUUCCUGAGUUUAUCUUCGGUCUGCAGAGCAUGGAGAGGUUGGAUCUCUCUCACAAUAAUUUUUCCGGUCAGAUUUCUCCGGGGUUUAGUAAGUUGAGCAAGUUGGUGUCCCUGCAUUUGGAGGGCAACCAGCUUAAUGGGUCGAUUCCGGAGUUGGAUUUGCCGCUUCUUGGACAGUUCAAUGUGUCUUAUAACCGGCUUAAUGGGUCCGUACCCGGAAAGCUUUCGGGCUGGCCGGUGGAGGCCUUUGCAGGGAACUUGCAGCUGUGUGGGAAGCCGUUGACGACGGCCUGUAAUGGGACUGGGACUCAGAGUUCUAAGAAUCAGCUUUCGGGUGGAGCAAUUGCAGGGAUUGUCAUAGGUUGCUUAGUUGGAUUCUUGAUCAUUGUUGCCAUUUUCUACUUCUUGUGUGGAAGAAAGAAAAAAGGGGAACAGGGUGCUAAUUAUGUUGCUUCUACUUCGCGGAGUAGUCAGGCGGUUGAAGUCGCAAAGGGAUCAUUGGAGAGUUCUAGUGCGGAGUACUCUAUCGCCCAAAAGGGGAAUGUGAAUAGCAAGCACUUGGUGUUUUUUGGGAACGCGGUGAAGGUGUUUGAUUUGGAGGAUUUGUUGAGGGCAUCCGCUGAGGUACUUGGGAAGGGGACUUUCGGGACGGCUUAUAAGGCAGCUCUGGAAAUGGGGGUGUCCAUGGCAGUGAAGAGGUUGAAGGAAGUAAUUGUGUCGGAGAAGGAAUUUAAGGACAAGAUGGAUGAGAUUGGGCAUAUGGAGCAUGUGAACUUGGUGCCACUCAGGGCUUACUAUUAUAGCAGAGACGAGAAGCUUCUGGUUUAUGAUUACAUGCCUAUGGGAAGCUUGUCUGCUCUUUUACAUGGGAACAGAGGCUCAGGAAGGACUCCGUUGAAUUGGGAAACAAGGUCUGGCAUUGCUGUUGGAGCUGCUCGUGCAAUUACAUACUUGCACUCUCAUGGUCCAACAAUCUCCCAUGGAAACAUCAAAUCUUCAAAUAUUCUUCUCACAUCGUCCUAUGAAGCUUGCGUCUCUGACUUUUGCCUUGCUCAUUUUGCAAGCCCAGCCUCUACUCCGAAUCGUGUAUCCGGUUAUCGUGCCCCAGAAGUCACAGAUACUAAUAAAAUAACCCAAAAGGCUGAUGUUUACAGCUUUGGUGUAUUGCUAUUGGAGCUGCUUACUGGGAAGCCUCCAACCCAAGCCCUCAUGACUGAGGAAGGAGUAGACCUUCCAAGAUGGGUUCACUCUGUUGUUCGAGAGGAGUGGACUGUGGAGGUGUUUGACCUUGAGCUUCUCAGGUACCAGAAUGUUGAGGACGAAAUGGUUCAGCUUUUACAGAUAGCACUUGAAUGUACCGUUCAGUACCCUGAUAAGCGGCCUUCAAUGGCUGAAGUGGCUAGCCAGAUUGAGGAGCUUUAUAGUGCCAGCUUGAAGCAUGGACUAGAUGAAUUUUAGGUGGAUAGUGGGAUUUCUCAGCGGUAUUUCUUAACUGAUACACACAUCAAGUAAAGGAUCGAAGAAAGAUACUGCAUUCUUCUUGUGUUGCUCUACAGGUCAAGCUCAGGCGUGAUUAGUCAUUUGUUUAUUCUUGGGGUUAUCCUAAACAAAAUCUUAGGCAUCCUCUUUUUUUGCAUUUUGGUAUUCACCUUCAUACUUAUUUUUUAUUUUCUAGUAAUGAUCCUCCUUUAUUUUAAUAGUAAACUACAGCUAGGGAAAACAAGGUCUUACCGUAAAACCAUAUGGACCUUCCUCUAAAAGCUUUUUGUGCUCCACCUCACUCGUGCUCUGAUAGAGUGAUAGAAGCUUGCCCACGUAGAAAAUCCAUCGUAGCCAUAAAAAAAACGAGGUCAUUGUGUUGGUCAUGGGACCACCAAGUAAGAAGCUGCCACGUGUAUCAAAACUCCAGACUCUCUCGUUCGUUGCUGUCUCGCUGCCGGAGAAGGAUGCCCCGUCAGUGGGAGCUAGCAUGGGAGGAAUGGGAGGCAUGGAUUACUAGAACUUCAGU